AUGCGGAUUUCCUGGGGCUUUCUGGCCUUCCCGGCCGCAGGAUUGGCCAUCGAGAACGGCAUUAACGGCUGGCUACGAUAUGCGCCCCUUCCCAACGACCAGCGCCCUUCAAACCUUCGAUUACCGGGUGCUAUCAUGGCUUUGAGCACCAACAAGACUAGCCCCGUUUACACCGCAGGCCAGGAGCUGCAAGCCGGCAUCAAAAGCAUUCUUAACCAGAUUCUUCCCCUUUAUCAUGAACCCGACGAGUAUAUAGGAUCAACCAUCUUGGUCUCUACAACCGGAGAGUUCUACGGUAGAGAGAAAGGCGAUGUGAAAGCUACCGCAACGCUGGCUGAUGAUGGCUACCUUCUUCGCGUGAGAGCGGGAAAUGUAGUCAUUCUUGGUCAGACCGAGCGUGGUGCCUUGUACGGAGCCUUCGACUAUCUCUCGCGAAUCGCUCAAGGAAGGUUCUCUGAUGCCGACUUGGUGUCGAACCCAGACGCCCCAAUCCGAUGGGUGAAUCAGUGGGAUAACAUGGACGGCAGCAUCGAGCGCGGUUAUGCCGGCCCUUCCAUCUUUUUCAGCAACAACGCGAUUCCCAAGAACCUCAAUAGGGUUACUCAGUAUGCUCGGCUACUCGCUUCCAUAGGCAUCAAUGGCAUCAUUGUCAACAAUGUCAACGCCAACGCAAACUUGCUCACGGACGCAAACAUCGAUGGACUGGGCCGUAUAGCAGACGCAAUGCGCCCGUACGGUGUACAGGUCGGCAUAUCAUUAAACUUUGCGUCGCCCCAGACGUUGGGUGGGCUGUCAACCUUUGAUCCCCUCGAUCAAUCGGUGAUUUCCUGGUGGACCGCCAAGACGAAUCGCCUCUACAAGCGCAUUCCCGACAUGGCAGGCUAUCUGGUCAAGGCCAACUCGGAAGGGCAACCAGGACCACUCACCUACAACCGCACACUUGCAGACGGUGCAAAUUUGUUCGCCAAAGCUGCGCAACCGCACGGCGGCAUUGUCAUGUUCAGAGCCUUUGUCUACGAUAAUCACAUCAACCCGGCCGACCUGAAAGCGGAUCGCGCCAAUCAUGCUGUUGAAUUCUUCAAAGUACUUGACGGGCAGUUCUUGGACAACGUUGUUGUGCAGAUCAAGUACGGACCCAUCGACUUUCAGGUUCGGGAGCCCGCGUCGCCUUUAUUCGCCAACAUACCCCAGACAAACACCGCCAUAGAACUUCAAAUCACUCAGGAAUACUUGGGUCAGCAGAGCCAUCUUGUCUACGUUGCACCGUUGUGGAAGACUAUCCUAGAUUUCGACCUUCGUGCUGAUGACCAACCGUCACUUGUCCGUGAUGUUAUUGCUGGCCGUCGGUUCAGCAACAAGCGUGGUGGCUACGCUGGUGUCGUCAAUGUUGGGACCAACACCACAUGGUUAGGGAGCCAUUUGGCCAUGUCGAACUUGUAUGCCUACGGCCGUAUGGCUUGGGAUCCCACGCAAGACCCGCAAGCUCUACUUGCAGACUGGACGCGACUCACGUUUGGCUCAGACCCUCUUGUACUUGGAGUUAUAACGGAAAUAUCCAUGGCUUCCUGGCCAGCAUACGAAAACUACACGGGCAACCUUGGUAUCCAGACACUGACCGAUAUCUUGUACACCCACUACGGUCCGAAUCCUGCAUCCCAGGACAACAACGGUUGGGGACAAUGGACGCGUGCAGAUCAUGACGGGAUCGGCAUGGACAGAACGGUCUCCACAGGCACCGGGUUCUCCGGCCAGUAUCCCGCCGAAGUAGCCGGGAAGUUCGAAAGCAUCGAGACCACUCCGGAUGACCUUCUCCUCUGGUUCCACCAUGUGAACUACACGCACGUCCUCAAGUCCGGCAAGUCCGUGAUCCAGCACUUUUACGAUGCUCACUACGCUGGUGCCGAAACGGCCCAGACGUUCCCCAUCGCAUGGGAGUCACUUAGGAAGAAGAUUGACACCGAUCGCUUCAACGACGUUCUCUUCCGCCUCCGCUACCAAGCCGGUCACUCCAUCGUCUGGCGCGAUUCCGUUUGCCAGUUCUACCACAAUCUUUCCGGCAUCCCAGACGUAGCGGGUCGUGUGGGAAAGCAUGAGUACAGGAUCGAGGCAGAGACCAUGACACUGAAGAACUACAAACUUACCGGUGUCAACCCGGUUGAGACGGCGUCGAAUCUGACUGCUGUAGUUCUGGUCUCCAACAACACAUCGGGAGAAGCUAGCACGAAACUCAACUUUGACUCGGGCAAGUACGAUGUUGCCAUCAAUUACUUUGACUUGAUCGGUGGUAAGGCACGCUAUAAGGCGUUCCUCAAUGGGAAGCUGUUGUUGGAGUGGGCUGGGGAUCUGGAAGAUAAGCUAGGCCAUGCUUUCUCUACGAAGCUUGACGGACACUCAGCUACGAGGGUUACUAUUCGCGACGUGCAGAUCCAGAAGGGAGAUGUGUUGAAGAUUACGGGAGUGGCUGAUGGGAACGAGUUGGUACCGUUGGAUUAUGUUGCUAUCUUGCCGCAGGGUGUUGUUGACUAG